UUUUUUUUUUUUAUUUAUCAGCAGAUCUCUCCGUUUCUCUCUCCGCAGAAAAAUCUAAUAGCUAAUCCCUCGCCGCCUCCUGCCUCGUCGGGAUUUCUUCUUCUCUGACCGCCGCCGGCUCUAUCUGUCUCCCUCCGUUAUCUUGCGACGUCUUUACAUUCAAGUCAAGUCCUGAAAUAUUCUCCGGGUGAUUAUAGAAAUUUUCAUACAGUAAAACGAAGUGAUCAGUAGUGAAUUUUAGGGUUUUAAUGAUCCAAGAACAGUUUGAUCUGUGAGCGAGAUUCGAGGCAGGGAGAGGAAGAAGGGAACAGGCAAUGGUGGGGCUAUUUUGUGUUGUUGAGUGAACCUCAAUUGCCAGCCCAGCGGACAACGGCAGUCCCGUGAGACGGACAAAAGGGAAAUUUGAGGGAAUAAAUUAACCCUCUUAUCCUACGCACCCCUUCUCUUUUUUCUCUCUGUCUCUCUCUCUCUCUCUCUCUCUCUCUCUCUCUUUUUAUCUUUCAUUGCAGUAGUCCACUCUCUGGUCUCCCCAUUUUCUUUUUGGGACCCCUUAACCCAGCAUUUCAUUACAACCUAAAAAAAAACAACCUCUAGUGAUGACCGUUAAUGCACGUUGGGGCAUGCUUCGGUUUUCUCUGUAACUUCACCUACACCUGAUGUUGUUUUAUUAUCUUCAUCAUCACCAACACUUUCUAGGCUCUUUGUCAUGGCCUGAUCCGAUUGGAUUUGGUUUUUCUUGAUAAAUAUUGAGUGCCCAUUAGCAUUUAGCUGUUGUAAUUCUCUAAUUCAUCCUCUAUCAGAUCUGGGUCUUUCAAAAGAUAUUUAUUGCAGGGAAAAGUAUCUUCUUUUUGAGCAGUUGGUUUGAUUCCACCUCCAAUGUUGAAUACAUGAAAGGCAAAGCUGUCAAAUGUGGUUCAUUAUGUGAAAAAAAACUCAUCAAUAUGGUCUAAUUUGGACAGUGUUUGAUGGAUGUAUGUGAAUCAAAGAAGCACACAGCUGUGGGCAAACCAAGACCUCCCUUGGUUCCAGCUGAAGGGAACAGCAAUGCAGCAGUUACAACCCGCCGCCCUCGAACGAGGGAAGUUAGUUCUAGGUACAAAUCGCCAUCCCCUUCUGAUUCUAGGCGCUGUACAUCACCAAGCCUAUCGAGGACAGUGCCUACGACAUCCCAGUUGGUGUCCAAAAGAGCCAAAUCAGCGGAAAGGAGGCGCCCUUCAACUCCACCUUCACCCGCAAGACCUUCUACCCCAGUUCAUGAUUCAUCUGUUGAUAUGCAGUUGUCAUCUAGAAGACUAAGUACUGGGAACCGUUUACCAGAGAGUUUAUGGCCUUCUACGAUGAGAAGUCUUAGUGUUUCCUUUCAAUCGGAUUCCAUUUCUAUCCCUAUCAGCAAGAAAGAAAAACCAGUCAAUAACAUCUCUUCUGAUCGCACCUUGCGCUCAUCUUCAAAUGUGGCCCAUAAACAGGCCGAAACGCCUGCUGGAUCACGGAAGCCUACACCAGAAAGAAAGAGGAGUCCUCUUAAAGGGAAGAAUGUACAGGAUCAGUCAGAGAAUGCUAGACCUAUAAAUAGUUUACAGAAUAAAUUGAUCGAUCAGCAUCGAUGGGCUAGUAGAUUAGGUGGGAAGAUAUCUUCUAAUUCAUCGAAUAAAAGCACAGAUCUCACUGAUAAGACUAUGAAAGCUUUAUCCACACCAGUGGGGAUUGGUAUAUCUUCAAUCAGAAGAAUGCCUGUGCAUGGUGGUACAGUUAAACCUCUACAAAAAUCAGCUAGUGAUGCUGCAAAAUUAUCAUUUCCAGAAGAUAUAGGCAGGAAAUUGUCUGGGGCAAAUUCUGCAGAUGAUAAUUCACUGCAGUUAUCCGGAGCUCAUAAGCUUGUUUCAGCAAAUUUAACAGAUAGAAUGUCUUUAAUAAUUCCUGCAGUUAGAUCACAGUCCUUGCCUACUCAUGGAUCACGCCCUCCAUCACCAAGUAAGACCUCUGUUAGUAGAGGUGUCAGUCCUGCUCGGGCAAGACCAUCCACUCCUCCUUCUAGAGGGGUCAGUCCGUCUCGGACAAGGCCAUUAAGUGUCUCUAGUCAAUCCAAUAGUUCUACUUCAGUGCUUAGCUUUAUAGUGGAUUUUAAGAAAGGGAAGAAAGGUGCAAGCUAUAUUGAAGAUGCUCAUCAGAUACGGCUAUUAUACAACAGAUAUUUACAGUGGCGAUUUGCUAAUGCCAGGGCAGAGGCUGUUCUUUAUGUUCAGAAAGUAAAAUCAGAGAAAGCUCUAUAUAAUGUUUGGACCAGUACAUUAGCUAUGUGGGAUUCAGUAUGCAAGAUGAGAAUCAGUCUCCAACAGUUGAAGCUAGAGCUUAAACUGAAUGCUGUUUUGAAUGAUCAAAUGGCCUACCUGGAUGAUUGGGCUUUACUUGAAAAAGAUCAUUUAAAUUCAUUAUCUGGGGCUUUGGAAGAUUUGGAGGCAACCACUGUUCGUCUUCCAGUGACUAGUGGGGCAAAGGCUGAUAUAGACUCCUUGAAGGUUGCUAUUUGCUCUGCUGUCGAUGUAAUGCAGGCAAUGGGAUCCUCAAUAUGUUAUUUACUCUCAAGGGUGGAGGGAAUGAAUGAAUUGGUUUCUGAGCUUGCUAUUGUAGCAGCAAAAGAGAAAGCUUUGCUUGAUGAAUGUGAAGCUCUAUUGGCUUCAACCGCAGCUUUGCAGGCAGAGGAGUGCAGCAUGAGAACACAUCUCAUACAGGUGAAAUCUUGCUCUUGAGAAUCAAAUAAUCUUGGGAAUGAGAAACUCUUCAUGGCCUGAUCAACUGCUAAGCUAACCUUUACCAGUUUCCACUUGAGCAAAGAUAAAUUAAUCCUCUAUGAUCUCAGUAAAUGUAUAUUGAUUUUUUUCUUUCUUUCUUUUUCUUUUAAACUUUAGUGGGAAAUUUCAUCUGGGUUAAUUCUUUUCUUCCUUUAUUUCAAUAGUGAGCUUGGCUCCACCGUAUCCACUUGUAAUACUUUUUUUUUUUUCUUUCUGUAUCUCUCGAAAGAAAAGAAAAAUCAAAAAACAAAUGAAAAAGAAAAAGAGGGUAGUAGUUUGUUUAUAUGCAUGGCUGCAUAUUUUCUCAAUUAAUUUCAUCCAAGUUCCACUAGUAA